AUGGUCGCGACGUUUGACCCCCUCUCGCCGUCGCAGGCUACCAGCUCGCGCCACCCGGACAAGUCCACGUUCGGCACUCUCACCCGCGAGCGCUCCUUCCGUCACCCCAACACCCAGGGCCCCGACUACCAGGCCCUCGAGGAGCUCGUCCGCCCGCACAUCGAGUCCUUUGACGCUCUCACAGAGGGUGACGAGGAUGGCACUCCGGGCCUCCUUCAGCUCGGUGUCAAUGACAUUGGCGAGAAGGUUGUGUUCGACGGCAAGGCCUCGGAGGACAUGCCCUUUGGAAACAAGAUUACCUACCGGAUAGCUCAGGUUGCUCUUGGCAAGCCUCUUGUCUCUGACCGCGACAAGAAUGCCGUCGAGCGCCGUGUCUUCCCCACCGAGGCGCGUGAGCGUCUGACCACCUACCGCUCGCGCCUGACCGUGACCAUCAAGUGGAAGGUCACGACCGACGAGGGCACCACGCGCGAGUACGAUGAAGUGCGCGAGUGUGGUCUGCUGCCCGUCAUGGUCAAGUCGGCCCGCUGCAACCUGCGCGACAUGUCCGCCUCGGAGCUCGUCCGCCACGGUGAAGAGUCGGCCUCGUGGGGUGGCUACUUCAUUGUCAACGGUAACGAGAAGAUUGUUCGUUACCUUGUCCUCCCCCGCCGUCACCACGCCAUCAACCUCUACCGUCCCUCGUUCGCCAAGCGUGGUGUCUCUUACACCCCUUACGGUUGUCAGAUCCGUUGUGUGCGCCCCGACCAGAGCGCGUGCACCAACACCAUCCACUACCUGUCCAACGGUGGCUCUACCCUCCGUUUUGCUUGGCGCAAGGUCGAGUACAUGAUCCCCCUUGUGCUCAUCCUCAAGGCGCUCGUCGACGCCUCCGACCUCGAGAUCUUUGAGGGCCUCGUUCAGGGCGAGUACGACAACACCUUCCUUACCGACCGUGUCGAGCUGCUUCUUCGUGGCCAGAAGACAUGGGGCCUGCAGACUGGAAGCCAGUGCCUCGACUAUCUCGGUGACAAGUUCCGCGUCGUCAUGAACUGCCCCGAGGACUGGACCAACAGCCAGGUCGGCGCCUUCCUCCUCCAGAAGGUUGUCCUCGUCCACCUGCCCAACCCCCGCGAAAAGUUCCGCAUGCUCAUCUUCAUGCUCCGCAAGCUCUACUCCAUGGUUGCCGGCACUUCGUGCCCAGACAACCCGGAUUCGCCCCAGCACCACGAGGUUCUCCUCCCUGGUUUCCUUUACGCCAUGAUCAUCAAGGAGCGCUUUGACGAGUCGCUCCAGGCUGUUCGUCUCCAGAUUGCCCAGGACAUUCGCCAGGGCCGUGCCAAGGACUUUACCAGCGCCAAGUACUUCCCCAGCGUCCUCCAAAAGGUCAACUUUGACGUUGGUGCCAAACUCUCGUACUUCCUUGCCACUGGUAACCUCGUCUCCCCCACCGGUAUCGACCUCCAGCAGACUUCUGGUUUCACCAUUGUCGCUGAGAAGCUCAACUACUACCGUUACCUCGCCCACUUCCGCUGUAUCCAUCGUGGUGCCUUCUUCGCCGAGCUCAAGACCACCACGGUCCGUAAGCUUCUGCCCGAGUCGUGGGGUUUCCUGUGCCCCGUCCACACGCCCGAUGGAUCGCCCUGUGGUCUUCUCAACCACUUGUCGCACACGUGCCAGAUUGUUACCAAGACUCUUGACACGCGCCACAUCACCGCUCUCCUCUCGGCCCACGGCAUGACCCAGGUCUUCGCUACCUCUAUCGACGGUACCAAGAACGUUGUCAUCCAGCUCGACGGUCGUGUUAUUGGUUGGGCUACUCCAGCCAAGGUCAAGCAGCUCGCCGAGCUCCUCCGCAAGCUCAAGACGGACGGCGACUCACGCGUGCCUCUCGACCUCGAGGUCGGUCACGUCCCUGUCACCAAGAGCGGCCAGUACCCCGGUCUCUACCUCUUUGGCUCGCGUUCGCGUUUCAUGCGUCCCGUCACGUUCCUCCAGAACAACAAGCUCGACCACGUCGGUACCUUUGAGCAGGUCUACAUGGACAUUGCCAUCACCCCCGAGGAGGUCGAGAAGGGUGUCUCCAGCCACAUUGAGCUUGCACCUACCUCGAUGCUGUCGGUCAUUGCCAACCUUACACCCUUCUCCGACUUUAACCAGUCGCCCAGAAACAUGUACCAGUGUCAGAUGGGUAAGCAGUCCAUGGGUACGCCCUCGACCGCUCUCCAGAAGCGUACCGACAACAAGAUGUACCGUCUCCAGACUGGUCAGACACCCAUUGUCCGCCCCGUCCUCCACAACAAGUACGGUUUCGAUUCGUUCCCCAACGGUACCAACGCCAUUGUUGCUGUCAUCUCGUACACCGGUUACGACAUGGAAGACGCGAUGAUUCUCAACAAGUCGGCCCACGAGCGCGGCUUUGGUUACGGUACCGUGUACAAGGCGGACAUUUUCGACCUCAAGGACGCUGCCCGCUCGCGUACUGCCGCGCCCACCCUGCACUUUGGCAUGGGUCGCGACGUCAAGGAGGACCACGCGUGGCGCGAGAUUAUCGACACGGACGGUCUCCCCCGUAUCGGUUCGCGCGUCAAGCAGGGUGAGGCCCUCUGCGCGUACGUCGACGACGUGACGGGUCGCACCAAGGUGCACAAGUACAAGGGUGACGAGACUGCGUACGUUGACGAGGUGCGCGUCUUGGGUUCGGACAAUGGCGACUCGGAGCUGCAAAAGAUCCACAUCAAGCUGCGUAUCCCGCGUUCGCCCAUUAUCGGAGACAAGUUCUCGUCUCGUCACGGUCAGAAGGGUGUGUGCUCGCAAAAGUUCCCCAUGAUCGACAUGCCCUUCACCGAGAGCGGCAUGCAGCCCGACGUCAUUAUCAACCCUCACGCGUUCCCUUCGCGUAUGACUAUCGGAAUGUUCGUCGAGAUGCUCGCCGCCAAGGCCGGAGCCCUCCACGGCAUGUCGCAGGACGCCACCCCCUUCAAGUUUGGCGACGGUGACAGCCCCGGCGAGUACUUUGGCGAGCAGCUCCGCCAGGCCGGCUACAACUACCACGGCAACGAGCCAAUGUACUCUGGUAUCACUGGCGAGGAGCUCCGUGCCGACAUUUACACCGGUGUCUGUCUUUACCAGCGUCUCCGUCACAUGGUCGCCGACAAGGCCCAGUGCCGUACGACCGGUGCCGUUGACCCCCUCACGCGCCAGCCCGUCAAGGGUCGUAAGCGUGCCGGUGGUAUUCGUUUCGGAGAGAUGGAGCGUGAUGCCCUGAUUGCACACGGCACUUCGUACCUUUUGCUUGAUCGCUUGAUGAACUGCUCCGACUACUCGACAACAUGGGUGUGCCGCUCUUGUGGCUCCCUUAUCUCGACUGGCUUCGACGACCUUGCCGGCCGCACCGACGGAACCAACGUCUACUGUCGUUCGUGCGACCCCGAGCACCCCGAGGAGGUUGGCGGUGGUGCCAACGGUGCCGUUGCCGCUUCGCCCGCCGCGCAGCCCGUCGUCGUCAAGGGCGACAACAGUGCCGCCCACCGCAACGGCAAGAUGGACGUCAUCCCUGUCCCCUACGUGUUCAGGUACCUCUGUGCCGAGAUGGCGUGCAUGGGUAUCAAGCUCAGCGUUACUGUCGUCUAA